CCGAGGCGGCGGCUGGUCGACGGACAACUGAGCCAUCCCCGCACCGGCGACGACGGCUGAGCCAUCUCUGCGCCGGCGACGACGGCUGAGCCAUCCCUGCGCCGGUGACGACGGCUGAGCCAUCCCUGCGCCGGUGACGACGGCUGAGCCAACCCCGCGCCGGCGACGACUGCGGAACGGCGACACUGCUGGCGGUGAGUGGCCUCUGCCGAUCGGCCCACACACGCCACACAGCGGCUAGAUCUGCCAGGAAGCCGAGACGUCUGAAAAGCGCCGCUGCGCAGGCUUCUAGAUGGCUUUAGACAGCGACACAAGUACCCAGGACGCAAAAAUGGCUACCAAUGGCCAAAAGGAAGACGCUGUGGCAGUCAGCGAAGCCGGCGGUAAAGCAGUAUCCUUCAGCACGGACGCUGCCGGUGCACCGGUGGGGGGAGUGGGCGCAGGCUCGACGUCUGUGACCUCGGGUCAGCAACCGGCCGCCUCAGAGGACGCGGAUUCGACGGCCGUGACCUCGGGUCAGCAGCCGGCCGCCUCAGAGGACGAGGCUCGCAAGAUGGCCGUCAUAGACGCCGGCUACAAGCGGCUCUGCAGCGACGCCACGCUCCAAACCAAGAAGGACGGCUACUUCAUGACGUUCGACUCCCAGGUGAUUCAGUCGGUACCUGAAAGCCAGUUCGAAGAGUUCAAACAACUCAAAACGGACGAAGAGCGAAUCUUCUUCGUCUGGAAUCUUCCACCUGUGCACUCAAUAAUAAAGGUGAGGCCCUUCUGUCGGAACAAGUCGGCCAAGGCGGCCGAGGACACAAAGCAGGCAGGCAACCAGCUGUUCCAACAGAAGCGUUACCGCCAGGCCGUCUGUCAGUACAGUCAGAGCGUGGUGCGCGCCCCGCCGCCCGGGCAUGACGACGAAGGGGACCUGCUCAGCAUCGGCUUCGCCAACCGGUCGGCGGCGCUGCUGCACAUGGGCGAGUACGCGCUCUGCCUGCGCGACAUCACAGCGGCACUGGCUGCCGGCUACCCGGCCCGCCUGCGCUACAAGCUGCUGGACCGGCGUGCCACCUGCCAACUCAAACUGGGUGAAGUCACAGCCAGUCGCGGAACACUGCAGGAGUUAAAAACGGCACUUACGGUGGCCGACCUCAACGAAAAGAAGAUGGCGGCCUGGCAGAAAGAUUUGCAGAACAAAAUGGACACCACCUCGAAAAUGCAGGACUGCAAGCCUAUCAUGCUGCAGGCGGAGCUGGAGCAGCCGGCGCCGCCUCCGCUGCCCUCCCGGAGCGGACACUUCGUCAGCGCCAGCGCGGCCGUGGACGUGGCGCACGCGGCCGGCGAGGGACGCUACGCCGUGGCGGCGCAGCACGUGCAGCCCGGCGACGUGCUGGUGGUGGAGAAGCCGCACGCCUCCGUCCUCAUGGCUGAGAAGAUGAGCACUCACUGUCUCCAUUGCUUGAAGAGGGUGCUUGCGGCGUUUCCGUGCGCCGCGUGCAGCGGCGUCGUGUUCUGCAGCCCCGAGUGUGCCGCGGCCGCCACCUAUCACCGCUGGGAGUGCACCAUCCUGGACCUGCUGCAGGCCUCUGGCAUGUCGGUGCUGUGCCACCUGGCGCUGCGGCUUGUAACCAGGCACAGCAUGCAGUUCUUCCGAGAGCUGCGCCCUGAGCUGGAGAAGCGGCGAGAUCCGACCGUCCGUCCCUGCACCGACACCGAGGGACACACCUUCGACCCCUCCAGCUACCUGGCCGUCCACCAGCUGGUCACGUUGGGCGAGCUCAGGAAGCCGGAGGACUUCUUCCACCGCACCCUAAUGGCAGUCCUCUUACUCAAACAUCUCCGGGUGACGGGAUACUUCGGAGAGCUUCCUGGAGGAUGAUGGCAGCGCGCUGACAGCGGACGAGCUGCUGAUCGGCUCGCUGCUGCUGCACCACCUGCAGCUGCUGCAGUUCAACGCACACGAGGUGGGCGAGUACGUCAUGAUGGAACCAGGCCAGUUCAAGCAGUC